AUGCUGCUCUGGACUCUCCAUGAGCCCAGCACCAUCGCUCUGACCAUCAUGUACUGUCUGUCGUUCAUUUUGGGAUUUGUUGGGAAUUUAAUGUCCCUGCGCGUUCUUACCAAUAGGAGGAGCCGGCGGCUAGCUGGUGUCAGCGCCACGCGCAGUCUCCUGGUCAACCUGGCGGUGUGUGACCUGGCUGUGGUGUUAGUGUGCAUGCCCAUCACCCUGGGAAUCCAGAUCUACACCGCCUGGGUCUACGGCGACCUCCUUUGUCGAGCAGUGCCCUUCACACAAGCUGUGUCAGUCUCAGCCAGCGUGUUAACACUGACUGUGAUCAGUGUGAAUCGCUACUAUAGCGUCCGAUCACCACUGAGAGCUCGCUCCAUGUUUACCCGCCGUCGAAUCUUGGCGACUGUUGCCGUGGUGUGGAUAGUGUCUUCAAUCAUGUGUGCUCCUAUUGCAGUGAUGAACCGGCGACAGGAUAUCAGCUUUGGGACAUUUGCCAUCUUGGUCUGUCAGGAGGACUGGCCUCAGCAUCGCCUCAAACAGGGAUACAACGUGCUGCUGUUUGUGAUGCUCUACUGCCUGCCAGUGACCUUUAACCUCACCAUAGGCUUCCUAACUGGCAGGCGGCUUUGGGGAGGGAAGAAAUCCGCUUUCGCUGAUCUUGAUCCUCGCAGCCAAGCUCUGCACACCUCACGACUCAAAACGCGCCAGAAAAUCGCCAAGAUGGUGGUGUGUCUGGUGUUGCUGUUUGCAGUGUCCUGGCUUCCGCUCUACUUGGUUGACCUUUGGAUUGACUGCAAUCAAAGUCCACCGUCUUGGCUCCUACAGACACGUCCGUUUGCCCAGUGGCUGGGCCUGACAAACUCCAGUCUUAACCCCAUCUGUUACUGUUUCAUAGGGGAUCUUUACCGCUCAGCCAAAGUGAUACGGAUGCGAUACUACCAGAAAGUCGCUGCUCUCUUUGGCUCCUCCUCAUUCACCAGCUCAGCUGCAGUGGCGUCUCCUGCCUCAGUGAUUACAGACACCAAAGCGACUGUUGCUGAGCACCACCACAUUGCUGCUGUUGCUGUGGCAGCAUCUGCACCCAUCGUUACAAUCCCCAGGCUGUUGAGCUUGGCUAGAGGCCAGGGACUGGGGCAAAAGGUCGGAGACAGUUCAGACAGCCAAGCAGGAUCUGACCACAGUAUCUCAGACUGGUGUCAGUCCAGUCCCAGUGUGUGUGACAGCUCCUUGUUCCCGUGCCAGCUCCGCACAAUCCAGCACUCCAUACAAAGAGCAGACAUCCUGCCCACAAGAAGACACUCUGUGAAUGAGAACGCAGGAUCAUUACCUUUAGGAAACGACUUUGUGGAAGUAGACAUGCUGCCUUUGAGAAGACAUUCGGGGGAUAGAAUAUAUGGGUUGUCAGCUGAUAAGAGAGACGUCAUUACCAUUGGCAGAGACGCUCUCUGUUACACUGAGCAACACAGAGGCAGAACAUUACAAACCUACUCUCUGGUAGGGGACAGGGAGGAUGAAAAAACUGAUAUGACCACCCUGUGAAAGCUGCAGAUUAUCUGAAGUAUCAGCAGGGAAGAAUUUUUUAUUUUCUGUCACAGACAGCUCUGGCUUCACAGUUUGCAGUUGACAGUACGGGUAAAUCCCUUACAAAAGCCAUUGUUUGUCUUGAGGAUACACUGACCUGGUCUACACACUGAUUCUUUCUCUGUGUUUUAUUCUCUCAGUAUCACUGAAAGCACAGGGGAUCCAGGAUGUACAUUUGCAACGAUGAGUUCAGCCUUUUGACGGAAGGUGGAGGGAGUAGUGAUGGAGUGAAGCCUGCAGGGGAAGAGUUGGGGGUUACAUUAUUUAGCCUCGGGCUGAAAAGCCAGUAAUCAGUAAGAAUAACUGAUUGAAGUAGCGCAUCAUUACAUGCAAGUCAUAUCACAAGUGAUUCAGCUGCAACUCACAGUCGUGUCUGACAUCUGCUUAAGAUAAUAACCCAGCAGGACGUAUCUAUGUGAUUCUUCUUUCUUUCUUAUUGCUUUGCUAUUGUAGGAACAUACUGUAUCAGAGUUCCUGACAGAUCUUUACAGGAUAAUGUCACCAUCAAUGUCUGCAGCCUGUGAAAGAGCAGUUGUUCGUGUGUGUAGUCAUACAGGGAAUUUGCAGGGAAUAUGAGAUCCACUGUCUAUGAAGCAGAAAAUCUAGAACUCAGAAUACAGUGAAUGGUUUUGUUUUGCACACAAUAACUCUGUGAUAUUAGGUAUGAAAUAACUUUUCAGGGUCAUCCGAUUUUUGAAAGCUAGACCAAGCCAUCUGAAAUAAACCAUUCAGAGAGAAUUUAAAAGGUUAAUUCACAAAAACAAAACAAAACAAAAAACAAGUGGUUUCUAAUCAUGGAGAUAGUUUUGGUUUAAUUUGCGCUGGUGUUGAGAUAACAGCUACUGAUUUGUUGAAUGUAAAUUUGUUUGUGGUGCUCACAGGA